GAUCGACCAGUGCGACCACUUUUAAAAUGUGUGCUCCUUGUACCUUCCAUUGGUGAAACGUAUCCUGGGUUAUUUUGGACCAUUUUCCCACCCGUCUUACUGAAACGGGAGAGACGGAGAACUGAGACGCCAAAAUGGUAGAUGGAGCUGAGAGCAGGCAGCGCCGGCGUCUGAUUCUUGAAAAUUUCUUAAGCCGUGAAGAAUGCAGGGAACUGGAGUUCAUCCAUAAGAGCUGCUGUACGGUGGGGUAUAGACCAAACGUCCUUUCCACCACUCUUUUGCAUCUUGUUGCCACUAAUUCUGCUCAUUUGAUCAUCCCUUUUGUUCCGAUUAGAGAGAAGCUGAAGGAGAAAGCCGAGGAAUUCUUUGGGUGUCAUUAUGAGCUAUUUGUUGAGUUCACUGGCUUGAUCAGCUGGACCAGGGGAGCAAGCAUUGGAUGGCAUAGUGAUGAUAACCGACCCUAUCUAAAACAACGCGAAUUUUCUGCAGUGUGUUACUUGAAUAGUUAUGGAGUAGAAUUUGGAGGUGGACUGUUUCACUUUCAGGAUGGGGAACCAGAAACCAUCUCACCUUUUUAUGGAGAUUGUGUGAUGUACACGGCUGACAGUGACAAUGUUCAUUCUGUUGAUGAGAUAACCAAUGGAGAAAGGCUUACACUGACACUAUGGUUCACCCGUGAUAGCUCUCAUGAUGAAGAUGCAAAACUUCUUUCCCUUCUUUCACAAAGCCCUUUACAUGAUCGUUUUUCUAACUCGUGCCUCCCUCAGCCUCCGUCCUGUAAUAUGUAUUGGUUUUCACCAGAAGACGAUCCAAAUUUCAAGUUCGGUUUUGAUAUAUGCUGGGCGAGACUGCAUGCGCUUGGAUACGACAUCUAUUUUCCUGGGGACCAUGAUUUUUCAGAGUAUCCAGAUUUAUUCUCACAGGACGUACAAUUAGUGUGGGGAGAUAAGAUAUUCUUUCAGAAAUUUGAGAACAUCUUGCAUUUGCUUCAGGUAGUGCAGUUCCUGUGUUGGAAAGGCAAAGAGCUGGAUACUACCAACCUCAAUGAGGAUUCGUGCUAUGCAGAAUAUUUAUCCCCAAAGAGAAAUGUGGGAGUCAGUUACUUUAAAUCUGAGUUUUCGAAGAACGAUGGGUUGGCUGAAUCGGUCUUCUCAUCUGCUACAUCUGGUGGCAAGGAGAACCAACACUGGUUGGGGUGGGAUAAGCUUGUUGUUGCUGCAGCAGCAGCUUGGGAAGAUUAUGCUUCCAUUUUACGUAGAGAACUCCUUGGGAGCUUCAGCCAUUGGAGGAAUUGUCAAUCCAUAUACAGUGUUUCACUUGAUAGCUGAAUAUCCCAAAUACUUAAAGUAGUAGAGCUUCAAGGUUAGUUUUGGGCCUUUGUAUAGCUUAAUCUCCGUUCGGUAACAAUUUUGUUUUUUGUUUUAGAAAUUUAUGUUUGUUUCAUCCCAAAUUUCCAAUUAUGGUUUUCAAUUUUGUUAUUUACACUCUAGGAUCCCAUUUGUAAUCGUUUUGUUUUUGAAAAAUUAAGUCCGUUGACACCA